UUUUUCAGUAUAUUCCUGGCAUGCAGUUUAUUUUCUAGUGUCUUGCACCUGUCUCUGUCUCUCCACAUUGCUGGGUCACAUUUCCUUUUCAUAGUCCAUUCCUUGCUGUGAGGCGGAUGUGGAGGAAGGACAACUAAAGGGAACACAGACACUACGCACAGAACAGCAGUGGGAUUGUGAACUAUGGCACGGUUAUGGGUUAUUGUCACUCUGGGUUUAGCUCUCUAUUGUCCAGGUUCUACAUCAGAAGAAUCAGAAGAAAGUGAAGAGGGACAUUUAAUCAGAUACCUGUUUAAGGAGAGGGGCUACAAGAAGGAACUUCGACCUGUGGAAAACCCGGAUGAGACUGUGGAUGUAUACAUUGCCCUGACUCUUUCUAAUCUUAUCUCACUAAAAGAAGCUGAUGAAACACUUACUACAAAUGUUUGGCUUGAUCAGGCAUGGUAUGACAAACGACUUUCAUGGAAUAAUACAGAGUUCUAUGGCAUUGAUAUACUCAGAGUUACUCCGGACAUGGUGUGGCACCCUAAACUAAUCCUAGAGAACAACAAUAAUGGAAACUUUGAAGUGGCAUAUUACUGCAAUGUGCUUGUAUCUCAUACUGGAUACAUAUACUGGCUUCCUCCUGCCAUAUUUCAAACUCCAUGCUCCAUUAACGUCAACUUCUUUCCAUUUGACUGGCAGAACUGUUCUCUCAAAUUUCGUUCCUUGACUUAUAAUGCUAAGGAGGUCAACUUCCGGCUAAAAGAAGAAAUAGAUGAAGCAACGAAUAGAAGCUACCCAAUUGAAUGGAUUAUCAUUGAUCGAGAAGCUUUCACAGAAAAUGGGGAAUGGCAGAUUAUCCACAUUCCAGCCAAAAAGAACAUAGACAGGAGUGUUUCUAUGGAUAGCACCAUGUACCAGGACGUCACAUUUUACCUCAUUAUUCAACGAAAACCCCUCUUCUACAUUAUAAACAUCUUGGCUCCUUGCAUACUGAUUGCUUUGAUGGCCAACCUUGUGUUCUAUCUUCCAGCUGACAGUGGGGAAAAGAUGACCCUUGCCAUUUCUGUGCUGCUGGCUCAGUCUGUCUUCUUGCUUCUGAUCUCACAGCGCCUCCCAGAGACUUCUUUGGCCAUUCCUCUCAUCAGCAAGUACCUGAUGUUUAUCAUGGUGUUGGUGACUAUUGUGGUUGUGAGCUGUGUUGUUGUGUUGAACAUGCACUUCAGAACUCCUAGCACACAUAUCAUGUCAGAUCGCAUGAAGAAGAUCUUUUUGCACAAACUGCCCCGUUUGUUACAUAUGUCCCAACCAGCAGAAGCUGAUCCUGAGCCAUGGAAUGGGGUCCUUCAGAGGCGCAGCAGUUCAGUUGGUUACAUUGCAAAGGCAGAAGAGUAUUUCAGUGUGAAGUCUAGAAGUGAACUUAUGUUUGAGAAGCAAUCUGAGCGGCAUGGUCUGACCAGUCGAGCCACACCAGCCAGAAUAAAUCCAUUGAACACAGACAAUUCACAUGAUCAGCUUUAUGGAGAAAUAAAGCCAGCCAUUGAUGGGGCCAACUUCAUUGUCAAGCACAUGCGAGAAAAGAAUGAUUACAAUGAGGAAAAAGACAACUGGUAUCGUGUUGCCCGGACAGUUGACCGAUUGUGCCUUUUUAUUGUGACACCAGUUAUGAUCAUUGGGACUCUUUGGAUAUUUCUGGGAGGAGCUUACAACCACCCACCUCUAUACCCCUUUUCUGGUGACCCCUAUGAUUACAAGGAAGGACAUAUGAGGUUGAUAUAAAACUUGACAUCAAGGUUCAGCAGAAGUUACCCAAGUUUAUAAGUGAAAGGAAAUAUAUUUGCUAAUUGAAUUAAACUAAGUAUAUAUUGUUAGGAAAUGUACUGUAUCAAUGUCUAAAUACAUUUACCUUUUCCAUAUUUGUGAAAGUGAGCAAUGUCUAUAGGGGAUUGUCUGUUGCAUACUCUAGUUAUUUUAUAUAGGAACCAUCCUUAGUUUAAGUAGAUCAAAGUCUACUAACCUGUGUAACAUUGCCUUUUUUCAUAAUUUUUUUUUCAAACAGAAUUAAAAAGCAUUUAUGCACUAACAGGUCAAAAAAUAUCAACCUAAAAGUGAACAUUUUGUGAAAUCUCAAUUCCUAUCAUAAUGGCAUAAGAGGGAUUGCUUACAGUGCAGUUAAAUGGACACUGAAGGCAACCAUACAUAUCAUAUGAAUUGUUCUGAAUGGAGAGAGGAGGGGUAAAUCACAUACAGCAUAACAAAAUUUGCGCAGCAACUGGGAAAAGUACACACUUGUGCAGAAGGCUUUGCAUUAUGUAAAAAUCUAUUGUACUACAAAAGUAGUAAAACACAUAAAAAAAACUAAAAUUUGAUAUCACUAUCAUCAUAAUGAGUCACAGAAUAAUGUUAUCAUGUUCAUUAUACUGUAUGAAUGCUGU